AUUCAGUCAAGCCACACCCAUCUUUCAAUACACAAGCCUGGCUCCUGAUUGAUUAAUCCAUUAUCAGAAGUAUACUUUUUUUUCAAUGAAUGGGCAAACAAGCUUGAACGAAGAAGAAUGGAGAAGUUCAUGUUACUGUGAAUAAUAUUCAUGGGAAAUUGGUUCGAUUCAGUUCGUGGGCUUUGGUCAAAAGCAGCUCGACGGUGCAGCCAAUAUUUCUUAGAGACUCCGGGGAAGAGAUGGGCCUCCGCCGCCCUUCUCGUCUUCUCCAUCGUCCUCCUCACCAGCAGCUUCAUCUAUUGGACUGAUGUUCGUGCUAUAACUGGAACUUUCUUCUUCAAGACGUCUACUUCCAGCAGCAGGACUCCUCCCAAUAAGCCGCCGGUCAAAGUCGAGUACCCACUCAAGUGUAUCAACGAGGCCUUAACCUUAACGUGCCCAGCCAACUACCCCGUGAACUAUGAGAGCAAGGCGUCCACAUGGGCUGUGGCGUGCCCAGAGUACUUCCGGUGGAUCCGCGAAGAUCUACGGCCGUGGAGGGACACGGGAAUCACGAGGCAGAUGGUGGAAAGAGGAAACAAAUAUGGAGAUUUAAGGCUCGUGAUCGUCAAGGGGAAGGCCUACGUUAAGAUGUAUAGGAAGGCUUUUCAAACAAGGGACGUGUUUACAGUAUGGGGGAUUUUGCAGCUUCUGAGGCUGUACCCUGGGAAAGUACCGGACCUGGAGCUCUUGUUUGCGUGCGGUGACAGGCCUGUGAUAAAAAAACGUGACUACCAUGCCACGUACGCGCCGCCGGUGUUUCAUUAUUGCGUAGACGAUGAAUCACUGGACAUUCCCUUCCCUGAUUGGUCCUUCUGGGGUUGGGGUGAGAUAAAUAUAAGGCCAUGGGGUACGAUGUUGUGGGGUCUAAGGGAAGCGAACAAGAGGAUAAGGUGGAAGGACAGAAAACCCUAUGCUUUCUGGAAAGGGAACCCAUCUACCUCCGGGAGAAGAGCUGACCUUAUGAAAUGCAAUGUCUCCGGCGAACAAGAUUGGAAUGCUCGGGUAUAUGCGCAGGAUUGGCAAAAAGAAACUGAACAAGGAUUCAAGCAGUCACAUCUAGAAGAUCAAUGCACCCACAGGUAUAAAAUAUUCAUAGAAGGAGUAGCAUGGUCAGUGAGUGAUAAGUACAUUUUGGGUUGUGAUUCCAUGACAUUGCUAGUGAAGCCCAAGUAUUUUGACUUCUUCACAAGAAGCUUGGUGGCAAAGCAACACUACUGGCCCAUCAGCCCCUCAAAUCUGUGCAGGGAUAUUAAGUCUGCCGUCGAAUGGGGCAAUAAUAACACUAACAAGGCACAAGCAAUUGGAGAAGCGGCAAGCAAAUUCAUUCAAGAGGAUUUGAAGAUGGAGUUUGUGUACGAUUACACAUAUCACUUGUUAAGAGAAUACGCAAAGCUGAUGAGAUUUACACCAACAAUUCCUCCAGGAGCGGUGGAGGUUUGUUCAGAGACAAUGGCAUGUCCUCAGAAUGGUCCGUGGAGGCAGUUCAUGAUGGAAUCCAUGGUGAUGUCCCCCAAGGAUACACUCCCAUGUACAAUGCCCUCCUCCUCAUCCUCCUCCCCAUGAUGUUUACAGCUCUAGCUAGAAACCACCAUAAAAAGAAAAGGUAGUAAAGUGGAGAUAGUUGACACAAUAAUUUAUUAGGAGUGCCAACGUACGAAAACACAUCUAAUAAUGUUACUUGAAGACCCCCGAAAAAAGAUAUAUUUGUUGAUUUUGGUUUGAAUAAAGAAUUCCAGAUGAUAUUUACGAUCGA